UGGGGAACACGCAAAACCCGACCGUGAGCACUCUCAUUUCCUCUGGUUUUCUCUCUGUUCUGGACAUUGUACGUGUAAAUUUAGAAAAAGUAAUCAGCAAUGACCGAUGAUUCCAAUGGAGAAUCGACAUUCGAAUUUAUCGAAAGAAAGACGGACGAAUCGUCAACGUCCGGAGAAAUCGUAAAAACAGAUUCUUUCAGCAGUUUAUCUUCAUCUACAUCUUUAUUAAUGCCGUUAGGGGUAUCAACAUCUACAGGGAAUUUAUUAUCAAAUGUAGCACCACCAAGUGCAUUGCCUAGCUUUAUUUCCAAUCCUGGGACGUUGUUGUCGGAAAGGCCUAAUAACUUGGAACUGCCCAUACAAAAGAAACCACCUGAACAUGAACCCAAUAAAUCGAUGUUAAACACUGUCGUUAAAUCUAAACUACCGCAGCAAGAAACACAGCAGAUAAUUGCAACUACGACCGAUGCCACUCCAACCAGUCAAAAUACACAAAUUGCAAUGCAAUCAGAAAAUGUAGUCCAGGAAUCAGGGAUGGUUGGAGGCGGUCUACUAUCAUGGGUCAGAGAAACGGUAGUAAACAGUAAUGUUUUGAGCAAAGUUGCAGAGAAAGCGAAGAACAGCGUUAAUACUAUGAUCACAACAUUAGAUCCUCAGAUGCGUGAGUUACUUAAUUCUGGUGGUGAUAUGGAGAUUAUAGUAGCAUCAGACAAAGAUAGCAAAGUAAGCCCUGUGCGUCAAGCUUUUCAAGCUGUUUUUGGAAAAGCGACAGUAACUGGCGUGGCAGUAGACAGCUCAGCAGUAGCUGCCCAGCCGGUUGGUUUUGCAGCUGGUGUAAAAGGAGCUGAGGAGAGGAUUAAUUCCGCACGGAAUCUGUCGACCGUUCCAAGGGAUAUACCGAUAAUUGCGGUUGAAAACUUUUUGCUAGAAGUUGGCGAAGACAAAUGGUAUGACUUGGGAGUGAUACUCCUCAACGAUCCUAAACGCAACGUGAAUUUGCAAAGUUUCACGCAAAUGACUCCAGUACCGAGUCAAAUAGUAGCGAUGGCACAAGAGGGUACAGCCGAAGAUUAUCCCCUCAAGUGGUCUGGACUGUCCGUCACUGUCGGUAGCCUAAUGGCGAGCAGUUUACAGGUUUCACAUAACGAAUGGCAUUACGCACUUACCGGGAUUUCCAGAAGGGACAUCAUAUAUCUAGCGGUACAAUCGCUAGCAGGAAUCUAUAAGAAUACAAUUAAUCCCCUUUAAAAUUUUACAAAGUUUUAAUGAAAUGCGUUUUUGUAAAUACGGCUAUAUUAAUUUAUGAUAUAUUUAAACCAAUUAUCAGGAUUUAUUUUUUAGGCUCUUAUUCUUAACAUGUCCCUUCCUUACUGCAUCACAUGACUGAAUUGAAAACGCUUCAUUUUCAAUCAAUGUGACAUUCUUAAAUUAGUAUUUAUAAAUUAAGGAAAUUUAUAUUAAUUGUAUGUGGCAAUAUGUACAAAAAAUCAAUUGAAUGAAGGUAAAAUAUAUUUAAAAAAAUAGGUUUGGUAUACACAUUGAAUGUGAUUACUUGCUCACAUAUCAAUGAUUAAUAUUAACGAGUAGAGUAUUUUGUUAUUGUAAUUAGCAUGCACUUCGCGUAAAUUCUUGGUUUCAUAAAAUUUCGACACAAGUGCUGUCGACGAAGGUAAUAAAAAGAUACUUCAUUUCACAA